GGUGGGUACCAGUUCAUGCCCCUGUCUAGUUAUGACGUCAUUCAAGAUUACACAAAAAUGUUGGAGGGAAUUUUUCAUAGAACUGUUGAAUUUUUUCUGGAGUUAUACUGCAUCUGCCUCUGAUGUUCGCCAUUGUGUUGCAUUAUAUGAUCUUUUAGACAAGUGAUGUUUUGUAACGAGGCCGGGUUGUCCCUAAUUUUGCUUGUAACUCCCCACUUGGUCUUUUCCCUUAUCAUUCUUCACUAUCCUGGCCUUUUGGGGUCUCCCACUGUUCAUUACGCCAUAUCACUACCUUACAUGGCACAUCCAAAUUCCGACAAAAAACAACAUGCACAAGGUCGAUUGGCUGUUCUUUCGGGGCAGCAGUAUGGUUAUUAUUAUCUUCACCUAGUGUACAUUCUUACUUGCAUAUAUCACUUCCCUCUUCCAAGCAUGCUUUUCUCGCACGAUCUGUGCUUGUUCUACUUCUAGGUUAUCGGCCUGCAGCCAGCAGUCAAUAUGGUGUUGAGGGUUACGCUCCUAGCUCUUUUGCUAUGUUUCUAGGUUUGUAUGUUCUGUUUU